AUGGGGGCCUUGGCUCUCCUGAGUCCUGUCCUGCAGACGUUCCUGCUUCCGUUGAACAAAUUUGGGCAGCUGACAACGGCGAGUGCUGUUAACAUCAGCAAAGGCUCUGCCAUGACCACGUUCAAUGAGCUGCUGCUGGAGGGGAAGCUCUGUGAUGCCAUCAUUAAGGUUAAUGAUGUGGAAUUCAAUGUCCACAGGAUUAUCCUCUGUGGCUGCAGCUUCUACUUCUGUGCUCUUUUCAGCAGUGGCUGGUCUGACACUAAGAAGCAGGUGUACAACAUCCCUGGUGUCUCCUCGGAGAUAAUGAGGCUGAUUAUCGAGUACGCCUACACGUGCUCGGUGCCUGUAACAGAGGACAAUGUGGAGUGCCUCCUGGUAGCCGCUGACCAGUUCAACGUCAUGGGCAUCGUGCGGGCCUGCUGCAGCUUCCUGGAGAACAAGCUCUGCGUGGAGAACUGCAUCGGCAUCUACAGGUUUGCCGACUUCUACUGCUGUUGGGAGCUGCGGCAACGCGCCUGCCUCUUCAUCUUGCAGCACUUUGAGGAAGUUGUGCGCACUUCUGAGGAGUUCCUGGACCUGGACGUGCUGCAGUUUUGCGACAUCAUAGAGAAGGACAACCUCAACAUCAUGCAGGAAAACGUGGUAUUUGAGGCCAUCCUUCAGUGGAUCGCUCACACACCCGCCACCCGCAAACACCACAUCUCUCUGCUGCUGCCCAAGGUGAGACUGGCACUGAUGGACAUCAACUAUUUCCUCUAUAAUGUAAAGAAUAAUGAGAUAGUUAAGGACAGUGAGGAAUGCAAGCCCAUCAUUAUCAACACUCUAAAGGCCAUGUAUGACCUUACCCUGAAAGAUGCCGCCAACUUUCAAAGUCCCCUUACGCACCCACGUCUGCCCAAUGCCAUCCUACUGGCUAUCGGGGGCUGGAGUGGAAGUAGCCCCACCAAUGGCAUUGAAGCCUAUGAUGCCCGAGCCGACUGUUGGGUCAACGUGACAGUUGAGGAGGAGAGCCCUCGAGCGUAUCACGGCACUGCAUACCUCAAUGGCUUCAUCUACUGCAUCGGCGGCUUUGACAGCAUGGAAUACUUCAGCACCGUGCGGAAGUUCAAUCCUGUGACACGCACCUGGCAUCAAGCUGCUCCCAUGCACUCGCGUCGAUGCUACGUGAGCGUCGCCGUGCUGGACGGCUUCAUCUACGCCAUGGGUGGAUAUGACGGUUACGUACGUCUCAACACGGCAGAGCGGUACGAACCUGAAACCAACCAGUGGACCGUCAUCUCGCCCAUGCACCAGCAGAGGAGUGAUGCCAGUGCCACCUCCUUACAUGGAAGGGUGUACAUCUGUGGGGGAUCAAAUGGAAACGAAUGCCUCUUCACUGCCGAGUGCUACAGCCCUGACACCAACCAGUGGACCCUAAUUGCCCCGAUGAGGAGUCGCCGUAGUGGAGUUGGGGUUAUUGCAUAUGGAGAGCACAUCUAUGCAGUGGGGGGCUUUGAUGGGAUUGAUCGCCUGCAGAAUGCAGAGAUUUACAACCCGGUGACUGACAGCUGGCACAUCAUGUCUGUGCCCAUGAACAGUCCACGCAGCAACUUUGGCAUAGAAGUAAUGGAUGGUCUCCUCUUCGUGGUGGGCGGCUUCAAUGGGUUUGCCACCAUCUUCAACGUGGAGUACUACAACCAGAAGACCAACAAGUGGUGUGAAGCCCACGACAUGGGCAUAUUCCGCAGUGCCCUCAGCUGCUGCGUGGUGCCAAGCCUUCCCAACAUCACUGAUUACACCGCUCCUCGGCAUUCGCCGCAGAGCCCACAGAUGGAACUUGGGCAGUCUGUAUCCAAGGACAUCUUCUCUUCGUGACCCAAAGUCCUCAUUUACCAGACCCCAGUUGUGCUCACACAACCCGUCACCUGAGAAUGAAAAUAAAGCAUCUGUUUACUGCACUGACAUGGGCAGAUGGAACUAGUGCUCACUUUUGUUGUGGAAAAUUAAUUUUCCAAAUGGAAUUUGGAUGAUUGUCUAACCCUCAUUCAUUUGGGAUUUUCUUAAGGUUAUCUUGGGUAAAUUGUACUGGGAUUGGAUAAGUAAAUUGCCAACAGUCGCUUGAUUAUAAAUGCAAUAAAUCAGAGGAUAAAAUGCCUAAUGGAUGGUACCUCCACCACAGAACGCUAGAAUAUUUAGUUCCUAUGAACUGCUCAUGUUUGGACUCUGCAAGGAAACCCAAAGCAGCCCAGAUUGAACAUACAAACUCCACAAAGAACCUAUGGUAUUCAGUAUAAAAGUUAUAUUAUAAUGUUUUUGUUUAAAUUUUAUGAACUGCACUGGAUCAGAGUAACAUUUACGUUUACAUUUAUUCAUUUAGCAGAUGCUUUUCUCCA